AAGAGCCGGGUUACCCAUUUUAAUAAAAGGAAGGAGGACAAGUUCGGAUCCUGUAAUAAGAGGCGGGGGAGUGAAGAAGGAAAAGAAAAAAAGAAUUGAAAGGAGAAUGAGUAUAGUUCCGAAGGAAACAAUAGAGGUAAUAGCACAAAGCAUCGGUAUCACCAAUUUAAGCGAAGAUGCAGCUCUCUCUCUCGCUCCCGACGUUGAAUAUCGAAUGCGUGAAAUCAUGCAAGAAGCAAUUAAAUGUAUGCGCCAUUCUAAAAGGACUACCUUAACUUGUUAUGAUGUUGAUGGUGCUCUUAACCUAAGAAACAUCGAGCCAGUGUACGGCGUCGCAUCAGGAGGUGCAUUGCAGUUUAAAAGAGCUAUUGGUCAUAGGGAUUUAUUUUACAUUGAUGACAAGGAUAUUGAUUUUAAGGAUGUGAUUGAAGCUCCUCUACCAAAAGCACCGCUUGAUACUUCUAUUGUUUGUCAUUGGCUGGCUAUUGAAGGUGUACAACCUGCUAUCCCUGAAAAUGCUCCUUUGGAAGUUAUUGCACCUCCUCCUGAUGGCAAAAACAAUGAACUAAAGGAUGGACUACCAGUUGAUAUCAAACUGCCAGUUAGGCAUGUAUUAUCUAGGGAGCUACAGCUGUACUUUGAUAAAAUCACAGAGCUUACAAUGAGGAGAUCAGAUUUACCCCUUUUCAAAGAAGCAUUAGUUAGUUUGGCUACUGACCCAGGACUUCAUCCAUUGGUUCCUUAUUUCACAUGCUUCAUUGCUGAUGAGGUUUCUCGUAGUUUAAGUGAUUUUCAACUUCUCUUUGCUUUGAUGCGUGUUGUUCGGAGUCUUCUACAGAAUCCUCACAUACAUAUUGAACCUUAUCUACAUCAGCUGAUGCCAUCUGUGGUCACCUGCCUUGUUGCAAAAAGGUUGGGGAAUAGAUUUGCAGAUAACCACUGGGAGCUCAGAGACUUCACAGCUAACUUGGUUGCCUCAAUAUGCAAAAGAUUUGGUCAUGUUUACAGCAGUCUUCAGACGCGUUUGACAAAAACUUUGCUUAAUGCACUUUUUGACCCAAAACGGUCACUUACUCAACACUAUGGUGCAAUUCAAGGGUUGGCAGCCCUAGGACCCAAUGUGGUUCGUUUUCUUGUGCUUCCAAACCUCAAGCCUUAUCUCCAAGUUCUUGAACCAGAGAUGCUGCUUGAAAAGCAAAAGAACGAGAUGAAGAGGCAUGAAGCUUGGCUCGUUUAUGGAGCACUGUUGAAUGCAGCAGGUCAGUGCUUAUAUGACCGCCUCAAGCUUUUCCCACUUUUCCCAUCACCUCCAGCACAUGCUGUGUGGAGGACCAAUGGAAAAAUCAUUACUGCACAAUUAAAUAAACGGAAGGCAAGCAUGCAGCCUGCAGAACAACCACUCCCGAAGAGGAUAGCAACUGAUGAUCCAGUCAAUGCAUUGUCCACUGACUCAUCACCUUCUCGUAUGCAAUGGGAAGCAACCACACCAGUUCCUUCAAGUGAUACUAAUGCGAGUGCAUCCACAUCUUCUGAACAGAUGCCAACCAAUCAUGAAUCAGACUGCAAAACUGAAAGAGUCAAGGGAGAUGGUGGAGUUAUGAAGACAUCAGCUAUUCUCAAUCAAGUAUGGAAGGAUGACUUGAAAUCUGGUCAGUUGCUGGCAUCACUGUUUGAGCUAUUUGGGGAAGGUAUUCUGUCCUUCAUUCCAUCUCCUGAGAUGUCAUUAUUCUUAUGACCAAUUGUAAAGAUUUGUUACAGAUUAGAUAUAAAUCUAGAUGUAAUGAUGUAUAUCCAAAGGAGGAAAUUAUGGCUCAAUCCUUAUAAACGAUUUUAGUUAUGUAGAGUUUCUCUAGCUUCUUGUGAUUGUUACCUCUUUGCUCUUCAUCUAAAACUCAUGAGUUGUUUCCUCUCUUCGAUGAUCCUAUUAUACCUAUUUCAGACUUAACAUGA